GUCAAAGCAGAUUCGCUGGAAUCUCCGUGAUGAUCAGCCCCCGGACUCUCUCCUGCUCUUGGAGUUAAGUCUCAAACUCUGAUCGCCGAUCGGGAUUUCCUGCCUCACAUGGCUCAGCGGCGAGGUGUGUGGAGGGAAACCCUGCUACAUUUCCACUCGGAUUCCCCUUUGCACCAUGUGGAUACCUGGGCGUGGAAGUAGUGGAUCUGCGUAGGACGCACGGGUCAGAAGGGACAGUGAGGCGGCGGCGGCGCACACUUUCACCAGGCAGAGAGACUCAACUGCUAAGCAGAGCCCACAGUGAUCUGAAGACAGACAUAGAGGUCGGAAACCGUGGCCACAAAAGGCAGCAUUUGUGUCGGGACACUCAGGUUAAUGUGAACCUAUGUCUUUCCAGUCAAGUGUCCAUCCUUAAGUCUCCAGGAGCCAUGCACGGAGCCCGCGUCUGCGUUGUCAGAGUUUGUGUGCUGCUGCUAUUUCUCUGGUCAGACUCUCUGGACUGCCAACCCACAGCCGAUCACAGGAAGGUUCAUCAGAGGCCAGAGCCCCAACAGGAGGUCAGAGCUGAGCAUGGAGAAGUGCACGGCUCCUGGGGCACCUGGGGUUCAUGGUCAAUCUGCUCCCGCACCUGUGGAGGCGGCGUACAAGAGCAGAGCAGGCCAUGUCUGCCUGUUUACUCUCCCUCCCAGUAUCCCUCAAGAAGUCACGGAGGUCAUCCCCAGCACCCGGGUCUUGUCAUCUCAGCCAUGAAGCCAUCAGUGUCUCAGCACCACAACACGGGCAGACCUUCCAACAACAGCAGCCGUCGCAGCGAGCCGAGGAGAGAGCCGCGACCAGGAGGACGAAGGAGGUUCAGUCAAAUCACCCCAGGGAGGUACGGCUACGGGAGAGCACCUUAUGUUGCUCCGCUGCAGACGGACACAGGCCGACAGAGACAGAGACGCUCUGCUGCUGCUGCUGCUGCUGCUGUUGCUGCUGCUGCAAACCACCCCACUGCUAGAGGUCACGCUGGCCAGAGGUCAAACAACCUGGACCCCACAAACAACCUCCAUCGCAACAGCAUACCCUACAUGCGUCCCAGGGCACAGCAAUCCACAAAUAACCAGGUCUGGGCCCCCCUCUACCAGCCUGGUUCAGCCAAGCAGACUGAGGAGCAGGAGCUGCACUCGGGCAGACAGACCUCUGGGUCCCAGCAGCAGCAGCAGCAUCAUCAGAGACCAUAUAACCCCUUACCUACUUCUUUCUGUACAGGCGAACAUUCUCACUACAGCAUCUGCAACAGUGACGCCUGUCCUUCAUCCAGCAGACACUUCAGGGCUGUUCAGUGCUUCUCUCACAAUAACCGACCUUUCAUGGGCAGAAUGUACGAGUGGGAGCCUUUCAAUGAGGUUCCUGUGGAUCAACACUGUGAACUCAACUGUCGGGCCAUAGGGUUCAGGUUCUACGUGCGGCAGUCGGACAGAGUGAUAGAUGGGACGCCAUGUGGACUGAAUGAUACCUCUUUGUGUGUGGCAGGAAAGUGUACGAGUUUAGGCUGUGAUGGUUACCUGGGAUCAGAAAGGGUGAUGGACAUAUGUGGAGUGUGUGGAGGGGACAACACAACCUGCCAGCUGGUCUCUGGACUCUUCCAACACAGUUUGUCUAAGAUCGGCUAUCACAAGAUCGUGGAGAUCCCUGAGGGGGCCACCAAGAUCAACGUCACAGAGAUGUUGAAGAGCCGGAACUACCUAGCUCUCCGAAGCCGAUCGGGGCGAUCCAUCAUCAAUGGAAACUGGGCUAUUGACCGACCAGGGAAGUACGAAGGAGGGGGGACCAUGUUCACCUACCGGCGUCCUAAUGAAAUCAGCAGCACAGCUGGGGAGUCCUUCCUCGCUGAAGGGCCCACCAAUGAGAUCUUGGAUGUUUAUAUGAUCUUCCAGCAGCCGAACCCUGGUGUUCAUUACGAGUACAUUCUCCCCUCUGAGAAUGCAGUGGGGCCUCAGCAACCAAACCACAGAACAGAAGGGAACACUGUGACAGAGCCAGGGUCACAUGACCACCACAGCAACACUCACCAGGAAACCUUUGACACAGCAGGUGGAGAGAGGAUUCCUCCUCCUCCUCCUCCUCUCCCCGACAACCAGGUGCCAACUCGUCAGAGGGACUACAACUGGAAACUGGCCGGUGUCACGGAGUGCAGCGCCUCCUGUGGUAAAGGAUUCAGAUACUCCGUCUUUCAGUGCGUCCACCGACUGAACCAUGUCCAGGUGUCGGAUGCUUUGUGCGACAGCAGCAGCAGGCCGUCUCCGCAGGAAGAGGCUUGCAACCUGCAGCCCUGUCCAGCAUUCUGGGACAUUGGAGAGUGGUCAGAAUGCAGCAAGACCUGUGGCCUGGGCAUGCAACAUCGACAGGUUCUGUGUCGCCAGGUGUACGCGAACCGUACCCUCAACGUCCACACGAGCCACUGCCGACACCUGGAGCAGCCAGAAACUGCCAGCACCUGCCAGCUGAAGAUCUGCAGCGAGUGGCAGACCCGCACCGACUGGACUUCUUGCUCUGUGCCGUGUGGGCUGGGUCAAAGGUCAAGGGAGGUACGCUGCGUCAGCAACGUGGGCGACUUUGUGCCAGAUGAGGAAUGCAACAUGAAUCUGCGGCCCGUCGAUGUAGAGAACUGUGACAUGGGAGCCUGCGCCAAGAGCUGGUUUUACACUGAAUGGGGCAACACGUGCUCUGCUGAAUGUGGGAUGGGUGUUCGGACGAGGGGAGUCCUCUGCCUGACCAACCACGUCGGCAGCCUUCCUCUGGAGGGUUGUGGCAACGAGCAGCCCCCAGAUUCUCAGGUCUGCAACAACGGCCCCUGUGAGAAUCGCAUCGAGUGGUUCACUGGCCCCUGGAGCCAGUGCUCUGCAGAGUGUGGUGCAGGCAGCCAGCAGAGGUCAGUGGUGUGUCUGAUGAGGUCAGAUGAAGGGUUCGCCAUCAUGCCCCUGUAUGAGUGCUCCUCCCUGGAGCGACCCCUCAGCCAGCAGAGCUGCAACCUGAAAGCCUGUGGAGCAAAGUGGUACCACACUGACUGGAGUGCUUGUUCAAAAACAUGUGAGGGAGGUUUCCGUGUGCGGGAGGUGCGCUGCCUGUCAGACGACAUGCAGUCCAGCGAGGGCUGUGACGAGCUGCUGCGACCGGCAGAGAAGGAGGACUGCAACCCAGAGCCCUGUAUACCCUACAUAGAUGACAACUGCAAGGACAAGUACUUCAACUGCAACGUGGUGGUCCAGGCUCGCCUCUGCGUGUACGAUUACUACAAGAUGACGUGCUGCGCUUCGUGCUCGCUAGAGGCCCACAAACAGUCAAUGAAUCGGGGCCGCAGUUAGCACUUUUUUUAUUUUUUUACAAGUGUACCUCAGCGCCAUGUCGGGCCAGACUUGGUACCUGCUGUAGAGGCACUCUGGUCCUGUGUCAGCCAGGGAAGUGGACUGGCUGGAUAUUGCCUAAAAAGGACAUGUGUUUUGUUUGCCAAGGAUGGAAACUAAAAGGAGCAUUUCUGCCCGGCUCGGUUGGAGACAGCGAUCGGAGGAAAGGCAUAUCUCAGAACAGUAAAGGACGGACACCCAGUAGGCAGCAGAUAAAACGAGACCUGGUGAGGGUGGGAAAGAAACCUAGAAAAAUGGAUUUUUGGAUUUUAAUGGCCUCUUUUCAGAAUUGUCUGUUGUUUCAUGGGGAGCAGUUUGCAGCCAGCUUUACUGAAAAGGCUCUUGAAGUGGAUUACCAAUGAAGAGGAGAGCGUCUGUCAAAAGACGAACACGGACUACAUGUCGCCUCUGAAUGCGCUCUUUACAAUUCUCCGCUUUAUGACUCGACGUCAUUUGAAAGUUGGUCCGGUCUCACCCGUUAUCAACUCUUUAACGCCCACUUUGUUGACCAAAGAUAUGACACCUCCUACUGUGCCUCUAACCCUCCACGGUGCUGAUGGUGUGUCCUUUACACGGAGACAAAUAACAGACAUUUGAAUCCUUGUUUGCAGGUUGCUUAAGCAAUCAGAGAGAGACCUCAUGUGUAUGCAGCCUUUGUAAUAUGUUUGUAUAUAUGUAUGUAUGUAAGGCAAAUUAAAUGAUAAAGGUCUUUAAUAAGAGUUCUCAGUCAUCUCAGCAAUUGAAAAGAAAAAAGAACCCUCUUUAUUUAUUCGUGUGGCACCCUGCGGAGGACACUGUGGCCCCUUCUUGGUGGCAGGGAUAAAAACCUUUGUUGCAUUUCUCCACCAAUCACAGCCUCUGAACAGAAUGUAGGCAUUCCACUGCCUGUGUGAUCGUACAAGCAGAUGGUCAGAAAUCUCACAGAAGCAGCAGCAGUGAACACAAACCACAUAUAUCCUUUGUUCUGUGGGAUACGAUCAUUCCACCGUAAACCGUAAUCCUAAUAUAGAAUUAUGCAUUAAAUACGAUUAAUAUGUGUAAAGAUAAUACAUCAGGGCAGUAGUUACUUCUGAUGACCUGAUGUAGUUGUAAUAUAUAUAUAUAUAUAUACAGUGUAUGUGAGAUUGACAUGAUUAGUAAACCCUUGUGUCUAACAACUAAAAAAAAACUACGCACAGUACCUCUCACACGUCCGGCCUUUUGUUGUAUUGAAGCUGUUUUAAGUUCCCUCCAAACUUUAAUGACUUACCUCUGAUCCAUAAGUACUGUAUACUGUAUGUAUCAAUGUUCGAGCUCAGACUGACUCGGGCAAACAUUUGAAGUCAGUCUCUGAGGGAUGCUGUCAUUCUCAAUGUGCCAUCAUCACAGUGGUUCAGUAUUCAACGCUUGACUGGAGUGAACGAAACACCCUGAAGCCUUUAUUUUAAAUUGUAUGUUUUCCAGCGGUCGAAUCUUGUGUUUUGUUCUGGAGAUUUCACGAUAUAAAUAAAUUUACUAAUUAUUUGUACACGUUA